CGGUAAGCCUUUGUCUUAAACAGUUUUAUCAGUCUGACAACGUAUUUCACGACGCGAACAUCUAGCCCCCUGAAUACGAAUCGAAUUGUAGCGACACACUUUUGUCAGUUCGAGUUACUAACGAGAACACGUAUUGCUAAUAGCAGAAAUAAGUGACCAGAGAGGAUAAUAAAAAAAUUUUUGUAACAUAAUGGAUACAACAUUUUAGAGAAUAAACAUGGCCCCCUAUUAUGUCUCCGAUUUGGUCUGACGUAAUUUCCGAACCGAAACCGCUUACAAUCGAGGACAUCUUCCUGGAAGAGACAAUGGGUGCACCGAAACAGUUACACAAGAAACAACCCUUCAUAGAAAUAAACAACAACAGUAUGAAGGAUGUUUCGAUGAACAACAUUGCCGAAUUUUAUAAAGAUACAACGAUUUUCAUCACCGGAGGAACCGGGUUCGUUGGCAAAGCACUGCUGGAAAAACUUCUGCGGACUUGCUACCAAUUGGACAAGGUCUAUCUGUUGGUGCGGCCCAAAAAGGGCAACCAAGGUGAUCAAAGACUCAAAGAACUGAUAGCAAACCCGGUGUUCGACAGAAUUCGGGAAAAAAAUCCAGAAAUAUUUUCCAAAAUCUACCUCAUUCCCGGAGACAUGAGUCAACCAGGGUUAGGCCUUUCAGCUAACGACAGGAACACCCUAAUUCAACAAGUCAAUUUAGUUUUCCAUUCGGCAGCAACCGUCAGAUUUCACGAAAACCUGAAAGAUGCCCUAACACUUAACACCCUUGCAACAAAAAGGGUUCUAGACGUAUGCAAAGCCAUGAGGAACCUCAAGUGUUUCAUUCAUGUAUCUACCGCGUACAGCAACGCUGACAAGCGCGAUAUCCAAGAAAUCGUUUACAACCCCACUAGAGACCCUGAAGCCCUUCUUAACUGUAUCGAUGCCCUUCCAGAAAAUAUUUUAGAUGAAAUAACAGAUAAAUUAAUCGUAAGUAAUAAUUUANUUAAAAUUAACUAAUCCGGUAAUAUUGGAUUUUUGCAUUCUUUCUAGUGAGCUUCAACUUUUUUUAUACGCAGGCAUUUGAUGUGUAACUAAUUCGCUUGGAAUUAACAAUUUUUAUAUUUAACAGCAUAUUUAAACUAAUUUUACUGUGGCACGUCUUACUGCAUGGAAAAAAAAUGACAAUUACAAUAAAUUCCUUAAUUCAAAUGAAAUUAGUUUGAGUAAAAGCAAAACAAACAAGACGAAAAUUAGUAUUUUUUUUAAGGAUCUGAUAAAAAAGCGCAGGUAAAUUAUUGCAAAGUGUGAUAUAUCUGUAGUUAAAACAAAAGUAUUAUUUACCCUUUAUAAUACUGCGUAUUAUAAGAAAUCAUGGAUUGCAAUGAUGAAAAAAAAAUUUUCGCUACGUAUGUAUCUGAUGACUAGAGAUCGGACGUCGUUCGCACAUAUAAGGGCUGCACCUAAGUCGACGUUGAAAAUUACCCCUAAUAACGUGCUAAGGACGUCCGCUCCCUACAGAUGACGAAAAGUACGCUAAUAGAUACCUAUUGGUAUUUAAUUUAUUUACAUUAUUAUAAUAUACACAUUGCACAGAUGAUAUUAUAAUAUUUUAAUCUAUA